CUCUCUCUCUCUCUCUCUCUCCCUCUCUCCCUCUCUCCCUCUCCCCCUCUCCCCGUCCCUCCCUCUCUCUCUGUCUAAUGUUGUAGUACAGUAUGCUUAGAGUGAAGCCCGCAUCACUUUUGACAUCCCUAACACAAACACACAUAUAUAUAUAUAUAUAGAAGUGUCGUGGCCGUCGUCCUCCUGGAUCCCGACUGCUCAGGUCUCAGCUGUCAGCACGUCACAUGACCAACAUGGUGUACCUUUUGUAGUUUGCACAUUCCCCAGUCCUCUUGUCUUCAUGAGAGUGCAAAUGAAGUGUUUUGCUAGACGUGUGUGAGUCUCUUCAUGAUUCUGUCCAUUUCGCUCACCUGUCUUGGGCCUGGCUGCCGGCGCUGGGCUCAAAUGGCGUGAGGCGGUGGCUCACCCUCCACCAGAGCCACUUUCAGCGCUGUGUGAAAGAGCCGGCUCCAUUCUCUCUCCAGAACCACCACGGAAAGCAAAGUGUGUGAGAGAGCGCAGUGACCCGGCUGGUGACUGAAGCGGGAGUCGGUGAAGCUGACGCUGCCUCUGAUUCCUGCCUCCAACGCUGCACUGAGAUCCAGCAGGACCCGACUGGAGCCUUCACCUCAGUCAGAGGAGGUUGUUGGCCAGGGUGCUGCCUCUGAUGAUUGCUGUAUUGUCAUUGCACAAGAAGACACAGCAGUGAGCGGUUCCAAACUCCUGACUGCUGAAUUCUAUUGUUUGAGACAAGACACUGUUUUUCCCAAGUUUAGAGAUGGGUGGAUGGACGGACGGGUGGAUGAUGGAUGGACGGACGGAUCUUUGAAGGCAAAUGGCAAUGUUCCUUCAGAGUGAGACUGAAUAACCUGAUGACCGGUCACAAAGUUCUGUGGACACGUCCUGGAUGAAGUUGGAGGAGCAGGUUCCUCAAGCUUCCUUCACUGCUCGACUCCUUCCAGAAGCGCUGACAUGCUGGAAGAGCAGCAGAAGGACCUGGCGGGCUCCAGGGGCCGGACUCCGCUGGUGGAGUUUUGAGAGCAAUUGCGCCUCCGUGUGGCCGGCCAGCUUCACAGCUGCCUGGAGGACGUCCUGGUGAAGACGGACAGAGGCGGGCAGCACCAUGGGUACGUGCUGUCUGCUCUAAAGCAAAUGACCCGUUUCCCACCUGAGCUGCGGUGCUCAUCACUUGGCUGCUGCUGGACAACUGCUCAUGCUCAGGUGCGAGGGACACGCCACGCACUCCUUUCGAUGGACUGACAUUUAUUCAUGGGAUGCAUUGAGCAUGUCUUAGCUCUGCAUCUGCUUAGCUCUUCCAUUAAGUUGCCGUCCUUGUUGUGCGGCGCAGCUGUGUUUCCCUCCCGACUCCCCGUCAGGUGACCAGGAAAUGGCCCGUGCCCUAGAGGAAGGUGCUGGACGGGGGCAUCUUUGGGGGGAGCAUGGUGGAGAUGGCGCCCCCUUUUCCCUCAAGGCUCUGACGGGGAACCCCCUGUGCUCCCCAGAGUACUGGAAGCCAAGCACCUUCGGAGGAGACACGGGGUUCAACAUGGUCAAGACGGCCGCGCUGCAGAAGCUGGUGUGUGACAACACGCGCUGGCGUCCUUACGUGGCCUUCCACCUGCCGGCAGAGGAGCAGCGCAGGCCCGGGACACGCCCCACAGAGCUGUGACUGGAGAUCAUUUCUCCCGUCAUGAGACGCCUCUUCAUGUUUCAAUGGUCCACGUGUCUCGGAUGACUGGUGGCAUCAUGGCGUGAAGCCUGAGCUCAGCAUGACGCGGCUGAGGAAGCUGCGGCACCUGAGGGGCGACGUGCCCUGCACCGUCCUGCUGCUGCUGCUGGUCCUUCUCUGUCUGCUGCUCUACACUCGCCAGGUGAACACACACACACGCUUGACCGUGCGGCGAGCAACACCUCAUACUUGUGCUCAGCUCCUGCAGCUGGACCCGCACGGCUCCACCGCCUCCAGUCGGAUUCUGUUGGGAACCGAGAAGAGCAAAGUGGAGCGCCGCUCUGUUCCGAAAGCUGCAUCUUCAUCCAAACCAACGCCUCCUCCCUGCAAACCCCAGUCCAGACCAGCCCAGUCUCGGGCCAGGGCCCAGAGCAAGCCCAGGCCCAGGUCCAGGUCCAGACAGAAGAAGGCCCUGCCCAGCAAAAUGGCCCCCACCAUUCCAGCCUUUGAUUUUCAAAGUUAUGUGAGAGGAAAGGACCACAGAAGGUUCCCGCUGCUCAUCAACCAGCCGGAGAAAUGUGCCGCCCGCGGGGUGGAGGGCGAGGACGCUCCUUAUUUGCUCAUCGCUGUCAAGUCCAUCCCUCAGGAUUUCGACAAGCGGCAGGUGGUUCGGAGGACGUGGGGUCAGGAGCGGCGCCUCCAGACUUCCGAGUGGGUCCGCAGGGUCUUCCUGCUGGGCGUACCCCCUAAUGGCUCGGCCUUGCCUCUGUGGGAUCAGCUUCUGUCCCACGAGAGUCGGGCCUUUGGGGACAUCCUGCUGUGGGACUUCCAGGACACCUUCUUCAACCUGACGCUGAAGGAGACGCACUUCCUGGAGUGGGUCAACAGGAGCUGUCCUCGCGUCAAGUUCGUCUUCAAGGGUGACGCCGACGUGUACGUGAACGUGGAGAACAUUCUGGAGAUGCUCCGUGGACAGAAGGUGGACCGGGACCUGUUCGUCGGCGACAUCAUCGCCAACGCCAAACCCAUUCGUCGGCGCAAUUCAAAGUACUACGUGCCGGAGUUCAUGUACGGCGCCGGCCUGUACCCGCCCUACGCCGGCGGAGGGGGCUUCGUCAUGUCGGGCCACACGGCGCGAAGACUGAGCUCCGCCUGUCAGCAGGUGGAGCUCUUCCCCAUCGACGACGUCUUCCUGGGAAUGUGUCUCCAGGUGAUGGGCGUCAAGCCGCUGCGCCACCAGGGCUUCCGCACCUUUGGGAUCCCUCGGCCGUCGGAGGCCCCUCACCUCCAGACCUUCGAGCCCUGCUUCUACAGGGAGCUGAUGGUGGUCCACAGUCUCAGCGUGCCCCAGAUCUGGCUCAUGUGGAACCUGCUGCAGGACCCCGGCCUCCGCUGCCACCGCCGGAACAGCCAGGCGCCCGGCUCCUUCAGGUGGAGGACCGCCGACUCCCGGAGCAGAGCAGCUCUUCAUCCCCCACCAGUGACCGCAGUCCAGCGCCGCGUCUCACUAGCAGAGUCCUGAAGGAAGCCGACGUCCUUUUAAACUAUGUGGAAUUGUGGACAGAUCUGCUCUCAAGCUGGGAAUAUUUGCUUGGACUGAAUCUUCUUCACAUGAGCGAGCACUGGCGCGGUUGCUUGCGUGCAAGAGAAACCAUGUGGUGGUGAUGGAAACCAGCUGCAGGACCCAGUCCGGCUGGAGCUGCGGAAGAAUGUCCAGUCAGCAAGUCUAACCACGGCUUCGUCCCCCCGUGCUCCACCUCCUGCCGAGGCGACGCCCGCGGCACGGAACGGCUGAGGAAGGGAGAAUGUGCUGGUGGAAAGGGGAGAAGACUUCUGGAGGAUGUUCGCCGGUUUAACAAGCUCAGGUCCGUCACAUGGGGCAGAUGCUGACCCGAGUCUUGGCCUCCCUGUGCGUGUUGUGGCAGAGCGUCACCCGACUCAUCUCGUCCAGACAGAAUCAGGACUCCAUGGCAAACACCGCGUCACAGCCACAGGUUUAUUUCAGGUUCAGACAGAAACACGGUGAGGUCACGUGCGGAGUGGAACGUCUCCCAGAAGCCGGGAACCUUCUGAGCAAAGAGCGGAGGCGAGACGGACGCGGCGCCUCCCGUCCACACCGGAGCCAUCGCUAACGUGCAAGUGUUCCGAAGAGGCCCGGCAGCAGAUGUUUCUCCACGUCACACGCUGCGCCCUCACCGCGCCCUCAUUGGCUACAAGAGAGUCCAGGACAUGCAGGUCCGAGUGGGAGCUCGGUCCGAGGGGCCGGUCACAGCAGGCGUGUGGCCGUCCCUCAGUAACAGGCUGUGAGUGGCGCGUGAUGAUCCAUAGAAACCGGUCGGGAUGAGACAUUUUUCAUUUCUCUUCUUCGUGAAUUAUUGUUCUUCACGUCACAUUUCAACUUCAGCGUCUGGUUGUGUUCUCCUUCGUGGCUUUUUAAUGUGUUUUUCAUCGAAAAUAUCUGGAUGGAACAUUCCGUUCUCAAUAGAUGCCUUUUCAGAAAUGUGCGACUCUUCCCUUUUUCCUUUCAUCGGUGACCAACGUCCGUCCAUCUUGGACAGAUUCACGCUGAAUGAGAAUUACUGGCACAUUUCAGUUCAUCGUUGUGAAAUAUGAAAAUGCACGUUGAAAUGCUAGUUCUGCCUGCGCCACGAGAAGCAGCCAGUGGCAGAUGGAGGGAGGACGGCGUCAGGUCCCGUCCCAGCUCAGGGUCCCUGGCGCCGUCAUGAGUGAAGUGUGAGACCAGAAGGGAACGGCGUUUCCACGGCCAUGUCCGACGUGUGGUGCAGCGCUUCACUGGCAGCGGGGCCGAGCGGCGCUCCGAGGCGCUCCGUACAGGGUGACUGAGGCAAUAUGGCUGUUCUGCAUCACCUGAG